AUGCAGCUCUCCGAGUUCCAAGCGCUCAAGGCGCUGAUCCACGCCAACUUGGACGGAUACGAAGCGCUGCUAAAGGAGAGCAACACGCCCGAACCCUUCUUGAACCAAGCUCGGUUGCAUCCGGUGAUGGAUCAAGCCAACCAUGUGCCAAACAAGGACUUGUGGGUGACGACGCAGAAUCUAGCCAGUGCGCUCGACAUGAUGGCGUCGAUGAUUCAGCUCCCCUCAACGACGCUCAUGUCGGAAGGCAUGGCGACGUACAAGGCCUUCUCUCUGCAGAUGGCCACGAGUCUCAACAUCGCCAACGUGAUUCAGGAGCUCGGGGGCUCAGCAGGCAGGCCGGUCUCUGCCAACGAGAUUGGGGCUCGAACGGGCUUGCCACCACCGCGCGUGCUCAAGGUGCUGCGCCCCCUUGCCAACAGCUACAUCUUCCAAGAGACGUCCGAGGGUUACUUUGUCAACAACCGCGCAUCACUGCAUCUGCUGGACGAGUGUGAUGUCAAGCAGUACGUGCAAUACUCGUCGUGGAUUCAUCCUCGGAUAGUGCCCAGCAUCCCUGAUGCGUGGAUGAAUCCCGAAUACAGAGAUGAUUGGGGUCCGGACAAUGCGGCCUUCCUGCACGGCUUCGACAUGCAGCACAAGGCUCGAGACGCAUUCGACCUGUUCCAGAAGAAGAUACCGGAGCUGGUUCCGCGUUUUGGCGUUGGCAUGCAGGCUUGCAACCGUGGCGCUGUCGAAGGCGUCUUGCUCGAUUAUACGUGGUCUCAGUUUCCCAAAGGUACCACCUGCAUAGACAUUGGUGGAGGCAUCGGCGCACUAACUGCAGCUCUGCUUGGUCAGUUCCCGAAUCUAAACGGUAUAGUGCAAGAUCGACCCGAGGUGAUUGCACAAGCCAAGGCGAGCUUCGAGAAGAACAUGCCGGACGCCGUUGCUUCGGGAAGAGUGCGGUUCGAGGCCGCCGACUUCUUCGAGGAGGUCAUGGCAAGUGGGCCGAACAAGGUGUAUGUGAUGCGAAUGAUCAUCCACGAUUGGCCCGACAAGGAGGCACUGCGGAUUUUGGGCAAUGUCAAGGCCAAGAUGCAGGCUGACUCGAAGCUGAUCAUCAUCGACACUCUGCUCCAGCCAGCGGUGGUGAGCGGUGACAGCAGCAGCAGCAGUGCCAAAGACGACAACAAGCUCGUCGAGCAGGUCGGAGAGAUCCCGUAUCCUCUGUAUCGGUCAGGGGGCGUGACGGGUCAGUGGAUCCAACGAGUCGAUCAAGAGGUCAGCAUCGGGCUGAAUGCGACCGAACGCACACCGUCCGAGUUCAAGACGCUCAUCGAAAAAGCAGGCUUGAAGCUCGAAAGCAUGAUCCAGCCUCGUUCACGCCACGGUGUCAUCACUGCUGUCUUGCCUUGA